UAUCUGUCUUCCUUUUUUCGCAUUAUAAAGCCAAACCAGCUAACUUCUUAAGCAUCAAAUCAUCAGAUCUCACCUCCCACUAAAAGCAAAAAAGAUUACAGAUUUACAGUUUACUUAAAGAAAUGGCAUCAUCAUCUACUUUCUCUCUCCUCUUUCUCCUCCUGCUGUCCUUUGUUUCAGGUCGCAUGUUUGCAAUGGCCAAUGGGCAGCAGAGGACAUGGUGUAUAGCAAAGCCAUCAUCAAAUGAAGCAACAUUAUUAGCAAACAUAAACUAUGCUUGUUCUCAAGUAGAUUGCAGAGUCCUUCAUAAAGGAUGUCCUUGUUUCUCUCCUGACAAUCUCAUAAAUCACGCUUCCAUUGCUAUGAAUCUCUAUUUUAGAGCUCAUGGUUGCCAACAAGGGAGUUGUGACUUUAGAGGUUCUGCACUCAUUGUUAUCACUGAUCCAAGUUAUGACAACUGUCUUUACGAGUAGGAAGCUUUUUCCAUUGAAGGUGGAACAGUGGAACUGUGGAAGAAGGACAAAAUUUAUUAAUUUAAUCAUUUUGUUUCGUUUAGAUUGUUAAUUUAUAAUGCAAUAAGACCCGCUGCUCUUCGGGUCCAAUUGUCCAAAUGUGUAUGCCAUACAGAAAUUAACUUAUACUACUCCACUUCUAAAGUGUUGCACAA